AAAACCUAUUGAGGUUCUUUCUGACAUAAGCUGUUAUGGUAUUAACGUCAAAAUUUUUAGUGUUAAAGAAAUCUCGUGUUUAUAAGGAAAGUGUAUUUUUAUUUGCUUUCUUACAGCUUUGAGGGACAUUUGAUUUCUUCUGGUAUUUUCAAUUUCCCGAGUUGUUUUGUUAUUUGAGAAAUGGCGUCUCCUGUUGUUAUUGCUGCCAGUGCGAAACACACGGCUACCCUUAUUUUCUUGCAUGGAUUGGGUGAUACAGGCCAAGGAUGGGCAAGUGCCAUGACUGCUAUCCGACCAUCUCAUGUAAAAGUGAUUUGUCCAACUGCCCCAACAAUGCCAGUGACAUUGAAUGCAGGUUUUCGUAUGCCUAGCUGGUUUGAUCUUAAAACUCUUGAUAUUGGUGGCCCAGAAGAUGAUGAAGGAAUUAAAAAGGCUGCAAAACAAAUCCACACAAUGAUUGAUGAUGAAGUGAAAGCUGGCAUUCCUGCAAGCAACAUCUUAUUGGGUGGUUUUUCUCAGGGUGGUGCACUUGCCUUGUAUUCUGCCUUCAUCUAUCCUCAAAAGUUGGCUGGAGUGGUUUCCCUCUCUUGCUGGUUACCACUGCAUAAAAGUUUUCCAAAGGAGAUGAAGACAUCUAACGAGUUACAAGUUUUGCAAUGUCACGGUGAUUGCGAUCCUGUUGUUCCAUAUAAAUGGGGCCAAAUGACCGCUUCCAUCCUUAAAACUAUGUUGAAAUCUCCAGAGUUCAGAACAUAUGGCGGUUUGAUGCACACCUCUUCCGAGGAAGAGUUGAACGACGUUAAGAAAUUCAUUGAAGCUCAUCUACCAAAGUAAAAUUCUUAUAUUCUGCAUUAUUUUAAUAAUAGUGCAGUAAGAAAGAGUUAGUUGAAAUUCAGAGAUGGAUAGUUUUUACAUUUAAGUGAUUAUAAUAUGUUUUAAUCAGGAAUGUCAAAAUUUGUAAGGAAACUGUAAUUGAACCUCGUUAAAAUCAAAAGCUAUAAUUACUUAACUGCCCUGUAAAAUAACAUGAAUAAAAUAUAUACAAUCACAUUCUGCAAACGUAAACAUUA